GAGAACACUUUCCAAAGUGCAGCAAGUUUCAAUCUUCACAAAAACCACAGCGACUCACAGUGUAAGAUCUCAUGGAGGUGGGGCUCUGGGCCUGGAAAAAUUAGAGCAGUCUGGAUGCACGCCGCUAAGAGACGAGCGGGUAAGAAGCCUUCUGAACCUCACGGGCCCCCGUACUGACGUAAUUAGUUUGUGACUCUCAUUAGCCAAUCCGGUUAGUGUCUCUUUGCUGCUAACCUACUGCUUUCUGCCACCGUCCGUCCUCAGGGUAGGCCGGCUCUCUCCUCUGAGCUUUUAGGGGUUUGCUUUUCCAGAACAGCUACAGCAAACAUUGUUCAAGAUGUCCCACAAAGAGGGCAGCACAGAUGACUUCCCAGACGUAGGGACUGAAAGCCUGUUCAGCCCAGAGGAGCAGUCCGGAGCAGCGGCGGCGGCGCCGGAGGCGUCCUCAGACAUAGAAAUGGCGGCCGCAGAGCCAUCGACCCAAGAUGGCGGUGAUAGGAGGGAUGGUGGUUUCCGGAACGAUGCCAGCACAGAAAGUCGAAGCACUGACCGAGAAAGUUCAGGUGAAGACGUCGAACUUGAGAGCUUGGAGGCGCGUUUCCUCAGGCGCGGUGGAAGCUUAUUUUAUUACCCUUUACCGGGAGAGGAGGAGAGAGAAGGGGAGGAGCAAGGAGAGGAGAGCGUGGAGGGAGGGGAUGAGGAAGAGGAACAGUCUCAGGUGUGUUCACAAUGCGGUGCUGCCAACCAUGAGCAGUGUCCGUUAGAGGAGGAUACGGUGCUGGAGGAGUGGAUUUCUGCAGAGACAUCUGCCCUGCCCCGACCUCGCUGGCAGGUCGUUCCUGCUCUUCGCCAGUGGCAGCUGGGUUUAAGUACCCGAUUUGUCUAUGAGGCUUGUGGGGCAAGAGCCUUUGUGCAGCGUUUCCGCCUGCAAUAUCAUCUUGAAGGCCAUUUCGGUUUUACUAGUACUGUAUGCUUGAACCAGCGUGGCACCCGGCUGGCCACUAGCUGUGGUAACCUAAAGGUGACAGUGUGGGACUGGGUGCGGCAGCGGCCACUACUGAACUUUGAGAGUGGUCACCAAAUUAACGGCAUCCAGGCUAAGUUCCUUCCUAACUGUGGUGAUUCCACACUGGCCACGUGUGGCCACGAUGGGCAGGUACGGGUAGCAGAACUAAUCAAUGCAUCAUAUUGCAAGAAUACGAAGCAUGUGGUGCAGCACAAGGGAGCUGCCUAUGAGUUGGCUCUGGAACCAGACUCUCCUUAUAAGUUCCUCACUUCAGGUGAAGAUGCCGUUGUCUUCACCAUUGACCUCAGACAACACCAGCCAGCUUCAAAAAUUGUGGUAACAAGAGAAAAGGGGAAGAGAGUGGGGCUGUAUACAAUCUCGAUGAAUCCUGCCAAUACCUACCAAUUUGCAGUGGCUGGAGAUGAUCAGUUUGUACGGAUAUAUGACCAGAGGAGAAUUGAUGAGAAAGAGAACAAUGGCGUACUUAAGAAAUUCUCUCCUCAUCAUCUGGUUGAUUGUGAUUUCCCAACAAACAUCACCAGCGUUGUGUACAGCCAUGAUGGCACAGAGCUCCUGGCCAGCUACAGUGAUGAAGAUAUUUAUCUCUUCAACUCCUCUCACAGUGAUGGUGCUCAGUAUGCAAAGAGAUUUAAGGGGCACAGAAAUAAUAUCACGAUCAAAGAUGUUAAGUUCUACGGCCCCAGGAGUGAGUUUGUCGUGAGCGGUAGUGAUUGUGGGCACAUCUUCUUCUGGGAGAAAUCAUCUUGCCAGAUCAUCCAGUACAUGGAGGCGGACAGAGAAGGUAUAGUAAACCAUCUUGAACCCCACCCUUACCUACCUAUGUUGGUGACCAGUGGCCUAGAUCAUGAUGUCAAGAUCUGGACACCCACAGCUGAAGCUGCCACUGAGCUUGCUGGGUUAAAAGAUGUGGUUAAGAAGAACAAGCGGGAACGAGAUUCAGAUACCUUGUACCGUACUGGCAUUUUUGAGAGCUAUAGGCUUCAGCCUCCCACGCAACAGAUGUCACAGAGAGGUCAUCACCCUGGCAAGAGAGAUCACAGAGCUGCGUUCCCAGAUGAAGAGUUGGAUGAGGCUUCCAGCACGUCAGAUACAUCUGAGGAGGAGGGCCAAGAUCAAGGGCAGUGCUUACCAUCUUGAAGGCCUCAUAUCCAGUCCAGCUAGAUGCCACUUAAGUACACUGGACUUUACAAUUCAGUUUGACUAAUUUAGAAUUGUCAAUAGAUUAAUAGAUUUGCUUUUUGUCUUCUAGUUUUCCAAAUAUAUGCUAAAAGCCAUCUCUUCCAUCUCCUUCCUGACUUUCCUUUCUUCCUUCCACACAUUCUUUGUCUCUCAUUCCUUUCCUCUGUUUCUUUAUGCCUCUUUUGUUACCUGUUACCCCUUAUAUGAGUGCAUACACAACUUAUUUAUGCCUCUUUUUCUUUAUUCCCUUAUAGUUGACCUCUAAAUUUUCCUAAUUUUGUUGAAAAAAUUAAUGGCCGUAUUAGAUAUAUCUACUCAUUUCUAACAUUCUGAAAACUAUUACCUUUUUACUUUUUUCAUCUUUUAACAAUUGUUUUUGAAGAUCAAGUUCUUAAGUUGACUUGAAAGUUUCAUAAAUGUGUUUAUUCUUUAGGGGGAAACUAAAGCAAACCAUAGUUUUGUUAUUUGAAUACUGACACUUGGCCACACACAUACACAUGCACACACACACACACAUAAUCUUAGAAAAGGAAAGAAAAGUAGUAUUUAGAUUAAUUCCUAACACACACACACACACACACACAGCCUGAGAAAAGGCAAACAAGAGCAGUAUGUAGAUGAAUUCCUACCCAGGUAAUUCAUCCCCUCAGAGCAAAUAACCUGGGAUUAUCUGCAUUUUCUGAAUCCAUACGUUAAUAAUAUUGGUUAAUAAUAUUGGUACACUGAAGUUGGUAAGAACUAAGUUGAAUUCAAUCACAUGACAUUGUGUACUCUGCACAUUAAAUUUUCCUGAAAUUUUAUGCAUGGGAACUCCCACAGCAUUGCAUUCCAGGAAGUCCUCCUGGGACAAACAUCUCCUAUAAGAUGCCAGCUAGGAAUAUAAACAUCUCUCCUAUUUGAAAAAAUAUAUUUUAAUUAACUUUUAAGAAUAAGUUGCAAUAAAAAUUGUUUAUACAUGCAUAUAACCGUUUGAUAUAGCUGUUAGAAACAUUUUGUUUGACAUCCAUGUAUUGCUUAAAAUUCAGCUGUUUUAUGAGUUUAAAUUGUUCAAAAAAUUGUUGCAAUAAAAAUUGUUUUAUACUUACAUAUAACCAUUUGAUAUAGUUGUUAGAAAAUUCCUCUUUGACAUCCAUGGAUUGUUUAAAGUUCUCUCAGUUGUUUUAUGAGUUUAAAUUGUUUUAAAAAUUGUUUUAAGCUUUACUUAAAAUAAAUUUAAGUUACUA